UGAUUUCCUCUUAGCGUAAAAAAAAACUCUCUCUCUCUCUCUCUGCUUCCAUUGAUGAACUCUGCUGCUUGCACACAGCCGACUCUCUCUCUUACUUUCUCUCUCUAUCGCCGCCGCCGCCGCCGCCGCCGCAGCCGCAGCCGCAGUUGCCGAUCGCCGAUCACCGUCUUUCUCUCUGCUCCCGGCCGCGAUCGCUGGGCCGUCCGGUGCGUUUCUUGGGUUUUUGUUGUCUAGCUGCUGCCCGGCGGCGUCGCCCGAUCGGUGGAAUUCCAGGGUUUUAGAGGCCCCCGGCGAUCUCCGCCGCCCGCGCCCCGCCUCCUUGAGCUCCUUCCUCCGCCGCGGCGACCGACGUCCACGGCGGCGCGUGAGCUCCUCCCCCCCGAACGACAGCCGCCGCCUCGCCUCCGCCGUUCCAGCGAUACCGUCAGGAUGGCCUUCGCCUCGCGGCUCCAGUUCUUCGUGAGGACCAAUGGCAAGAGCUUGGUCUUCCAGGCGAAUUCCAGCGAUACCGUGCAGUCGCUGCACGAGCGGAUUCAGCUGAUCACUGGAAUUCCCGUCAUUGAACAGUGGCUGAUUUACAGAGGGAAGAAGCUGCAGUGCGAGAAAUCUUUGGCCGAGUGUGCUAUCCAAAAUGAUGCCAGCCUGAAUUUGGUCGGCCGAAUGCAGAGCACGGGGCACCCGCAGGCUUGGCGAAUCAUUGACGACAUGAUUUCGAUUGUUCGCCACCUUUGUGAAGGUAAAACCGUGAACGAUGCUCUUAAAACUAUUAGAACUAAGAUAUCGGAGUACCUGUCGAUGACUCCUAAGGAUGAUGAUGAUGCAGCUACUGGGCAUCUUCAGCUAUUUAUGUCAUUUUCUGUGCCUGCGGCGCUUGUUAUGCUCUACAUGUCGCCAAUUAGGGAUAACAAGGAGCAUGCCGAGGAGUCAAUUAGGCAUUUCCUAGAAUCAUGUAUAACUGAGUUGCCAAAGUCUUUGCGAUCGCGCUGUGCACCAAUAGUGCUGGAGUUUUGUAACCUGCUCAGGAGAAUAGCUUCUGAUGAUCCGUUGUACUUGUCUUGCCGGAGUAGUCUGGGGUCGAUGAUGGAGGUUAUUAAGGUUCAAUGGGUAUUGGACCAUACCGAAAGUGUGAAGAGAGCGAUAUCUAUAAAAGAGAUAUUCCCUUUCGUUAAAGAGCUGGCAGAUAAGUUGUCCGAAGUUUUGGAAUUGUUCCCUCAUACUAUAGCUAGUGUGAGCGAUGUCAAUGAUUUCACGAUGUUUUUGCGCCCUUUGCGAACUGUAAUGUCUGGAUACAAGGGUUUCAAGCAUCCAAUCUCUUUGCCUAUGGAAAAUGAACACCACAAUGUUCUGUUGUGUAAGGAGGCAGUCGAAUCGCUUUAUCAUAUCUUUGUGGACAUGCUAAAGAAGAUGGAUGAGUGCCUUUUCAGAAUGGAGCAUUGCUUAUCUGCAAACGUAAGUGGGGAAAUUGAUUGGUCUCCAUAUCUUACUAUUUUGAAAGAACUGAAUGCCAUUUCUAAACUUUAUUUGGGUUCUGAGAAAGAAUUUUGGACGAUUUUGAGCAAGAGGAAGCGUGCAUUGUGUAUGGAUUUUGAAUCUAGGAGGCACUUAGUGAUGAUGAUGUUCCCUGAAGUGAAAAAGGACUUUGAGGAACAACAUGAGAUGCUGAUCGACAGGUCUCAAUUAUUGUCAGAAUCAUUCGAGUAUAUAGCUAAUGCAGAAGCUGAAUCUUUGCAUGGGGGUAUAUUUAUGGAAUUUAAGAAUGAGGAAGCAACUGGUCCUGGUGUCUUGCGCGAGUGGUUUGUUCUGGUUUGCCAAGCUAUUUUCAAUCAACAAAAUCCUCUUUUUGUAGCAUGUCCCAAUGAUCGCAGAAGGUUCUACCCAAAUCCAGCCUCUACGGUGGAACCCCUGCACCUCAAGUAUUUCAACUUUUCUGGUCGAAUGAUAGGCUUAGCUCUGAUGCAUAAAGUACAAGUAGGGAUUGUUUUGGAUCGGGUAUUUUUCUUGCAAUUGGGUGGAUAUUCUAUUUCUCUGGAAGACAUAAGAGAUGCGGAUCCUUACAUGUAUAAUAGCUGCAAGCAGAUUCUGGAAAUGGAUGCUGAAGUUAUUGAUUCUGAUGCUUUAAGACUAACAUUCGUCAGAGAAGUUGAGGAGUUGGGGUCGAGGAGAGCUGUGGAACUCCGUGAUGGUGGGAAGGGCAUGGUGGUGAAUAGCAAGAAUAGGAAUGAUUAUGUUGAUCGUCUCAUAAACGAUCGGUUUGUUACCUCAAUCUCUCAACAGGUAUUGCAUUUUGCACAAGGUUUUGGUGAUAUUCUUAGCGACUUGGGGUUGCAGAAGUUCUUUUUUCAAAGUUUAGAGCUUGAAGAUAUUGAUCAAAUGCUACAUGGGAGUGGGAAUGAUAUUUCUGUUAAAGAUUGGAAGGCACAUACAGAGUACAAUGGUUACAAAUUUAAUGAUCCUCAGAUAGUCUGGUUUUGGAAGAUUGUCAGAAAAAUGUCACCACAGCAGAAAAAGAAUAUCCUUUUCUUCUGGACGUCGGUGAAGUAUCUGCCUGUGGAGGGAUUUCAGGGUUUGGCGUCUCGCCUUUACAUAUACAAGUCUAUGGAGGACAUCAGCCACCUACCAUCAUCCCAUACAUGCUUUUAUCGUCUGUGCUUUCCACCUUAUCCCAGCAUGACCAUCAUGGAACAGCGCCUUUCCAUCAUCGCUCAAGAACAUGUAGGCUGCAGCUUCGGUACUUAUUGACAAUUCGAUUUCAUCAUUGGACGCUUAAAGGGCAUCAUAACCAUCUGAUCUAUCAUUGGACGCUUAAAGGGGGUGUUGUAGAUAUUUUGUGUCGUCUGUCUUCUGUCGUUGAGGUCUUUGUUGUUCCCCUCUUUUGACUGUUCAUACAUAUAUUUAUAGAUGCAGGGUAUAAACAAAGUUUCGAUGCAGGAUGAAAGGGAAGCUCAUCCACCUUUGCGAGACUUCAUUUUUCUGGUAGAGAUGGUCACUUUGCUUUGACAUGUAGAUAUACAGAAAGAUUGACUGCAAUACAUCUCUCUCUCUCUCUCUC